AUGUAUCUUGCUUGUGAGAGGAGUGGCCAAUAUAGAGCGACAAAAAAGUUAAAACAUGAUGGCAACAAUACAUCAAGAAUAACCGGUACGAAGAAGUGUGGUUGUCCUUUUGAUAUAAGGGCUCACAGGUUUAUCACACAUGAUGAAUGGGCAUUGACCGUAGUAUGCGGAUUGCAUAACCAUCCACCUGCGGAGCAUCUUGAGGGACAUUCAUAUGCGAGGAGGCUAUCAAAGGAUAAGAAAGAAUUGUUAAUGGAUAUGUCAAAGAGCAUGGUUCGGCCAAAAGAAAUCCUAGUAACCUUGAAACAGCGAGAUGCCCUCAAUAUAAGCACACUUAAAACCAUUUACAAUGUACGCUAUCGAAACAGGGUGGUACAGAGAGCUGGAAGAUCACAGAUACAACACUUAUUGGGUGAAUUGGCCAAGUAUAAUUACAUUGAGCGCCAUCGGUUUGAAGAGUCCACGAUGACUUAUAAGAAGAUCGAUAACUAUGCGUGGGUGUUAGCUACAUUGUGUGAUGUCAUGGAUGGUUUUGUUGUGCCAACAAUUAUUGUUACUGACAGAGAGCUAGCCUUGAUGAAUGCCAUACAUAAGAUAUUCCCUAGUGGCAGACAUUUAUUAUGUCGUUGGCAUAUCAGUAAGAAUGUGUUGACCAAAUGCAAGAAAAUGUUUGAGACACAGCAAAAAUGGGAGAAGUUCAACCAUGAGUGGAACUCUGUAGUGUAUUCAUCUUCUGAAAUUCAAUACGAGGAGCGUCUUAAAUCAUUACUUAAGGAAUUCAGUAGUUAUCCUGAUGCAGUCAAAUAUGUCAUGGAUACUUGGUUGGUUCCUUACAAGGAGAAAUUUGUGGCGGCAUGGACAGACACGUGGCUGAGAGUGCACAUGCAAAACUUAAAAGACAAUUGGGUUCAUGUCAAGUCUCAUUUUAGGGAGCUACAGGGUAAUGUGUCUAUCUCUGCAUUGGAGUAUUUGCAUGUAGAGAGCAAGAGAGCCAAUUCCAUUGGUAUUGAUGUUGAAGCUUGUGGAUGCGUCCUUCGCUACACUCAUGGUUUACCUUGUGCCCAUAAGAUUGCUGACUACAUCAGACAAGAUUGUCCUAUACCACUUGCUACCAUUCACUCACAGUGGAGGCAACUUCAUAUCUCCAUAUGCAAGAAAAAAGAGGAAACAGAGGUGAGUUGUCAUGCAGAAGUAGAGUUAUUUGUGAACAAGUUUAAUGAAAGUGAUAGAACCAUGCAGUUGGAGCUUUUGAAGAAAUUGAAAGAGAUUGUAUAUCCAGGAAGAACUUUUCUUGUUGAGCCAAAGAUCAAUGUUUCUACCCGUCGUGACCCGUGUGCAUUUGAGUUGGUGCAAUCUGGACAUGAUUCAUUCUCACCUAGGGACACGCAAAUCACUACAUUAGCUUCUACUCUGGAAACCAAGAAAAAACGACAUGUUAAGAGAAAGGAGAAGGAGAAUGCAAAAGGGAAGGUAUACAUUACUAGAACAGUAGAACCUGGUGCAUAUGUUGAUGCUUUCUCUUCUAGGUUGAAACCAUAUAUUAAGUUUGUCAAGGAUGUAGCUGCAGAUGGGAAUUGUGGUUUUAAGGCUAUAGCUGCUUCAAUUGGUCAUACAGAAGAUGAUUGGGCACAGGUUAGGCAUGAUCUGUUGGGUGAGCUGCACACACACAAAGAGGAAUACAUUACACUUUAUGGGUCCUACGAAAGGUUUGAAGAAUUGACAAGCAUAUUGUCAUACUUUGAAGAUAGUCCUGGAUACUCACAUUGGAUGACUAUGCCAGACAUGGGGCAUCUUGUUGCGUCGUGCUACAAUCUUGUGUUAUACCACUUGUCAUUACAGCAAUGUCUCACAUUUUUACCUCUUAAAACAGUGCCAGUACCUCAACUUGAUAGACGUGAGAUUGCCAUUGGGUUUGUCAACGGAAAUCAUUUCGUCUGGGUUUUGUUGCAGCCAGGCCAUCGAGUUCCUCCUAUAGCCACUAAUUGGCGAAAAUACCGUCACCCUUGCACUGUCAACUGGGAUGAUGCAUAUGUGCGUUGCAUUCAACAUUUCAAGGACAUUAUUUAUGAUAAUGUAGCUACUCGAGAGACAUUUGAUGUUGUUAAUGUCACAUGA